CGCGCGAGCUCAACGGCCGAGGCGCGCGCCACCUCGCGGCGGGAGGCACGGGGGAGGGGUCGGGGGAGCCCCCGCCCCCGCCCCCGCCCCCGCCUCAGCCGCCGCCAGCUCGGUGGAGCCCCCCGCCGCCCGCCCGCCGCUCUCCGGAGCCGCCCGUCCUCCCCCUUCACGUGUCCCCGCUCCCUCCCUGCGUAGCGGAAACAUGGCGGCGGGAAGGGAGUGAGCCGCCCCGCGCCCCCGUAGCGCCCGCAGAUGGAGAAAUUAGCAUCCAGAGAAACUGACUUGUCAGAAGUCAGAGCAAGGUAUUGGUGGAUCUGGGGAUAAAUCCCAAGCUUCUUAACUCCUAGACCGGUUUUUAAUCCAUUGACUAUGCAGCCUAGUGUGAUAGACUGGAAUGAUGUUAGAAAACACAAAUAUUGUCACCAAUCAGAGUCUGCAUCCCAAUAUCAAGAAGCUGCUGACAUCCUGGAGCUAGGUCAUUUUACCUGGGACAAAUACCUAAAAGAAACAUGUUCAGUCCCAGCGCCUGUCCAUUGCUUCAAGCAGUCCUACACACCUCCAAGCAACGAGUUCAAGAUCAGCAUGAAAUUGGAAGCACAGGACCCCAGGAACACCACAUCCACCUGUAUUGCCACAGUAGUUGGACUGACAGGGGCCCGCCUUCGCCUGCGCCUUGACGGCAGCGACAACAAAAAUGACUUCUGGCGGCUAGUUGACUCAGCUGAAAUCCAGCCUAUUGGGAACUGUGAAAAGAAUGGGGGUAUGCUACAGCCACCUCUGGGAUUUCGGCUGAAUGCAUCUUCUUGGCCCAUGUUCCUUUUGAAGACGCUAAAUGGAGCAGAGAUGGCUCCCAUCAGGAUUUUCCACAAGGAGCCACCAUCGCCUUCCCACAACUUCUUCAAAAUGGGAAUGAAGCUAGAAGCUGUGGACAGGAAGAACCCUCAUUUCAUUUGUCCAGCCACUAUUGGGGAGGUUCGGGGCUCAGAGGUGCUUGUCACUUUUGAUGGUUGGCGAGGGGCCUUUGACUACUGGUGCCGCUUCGACUCCCGGGACAUCUUCCCUGUGGGCUGGUGUUCCUUGACUGGAGACAACCUGCAGCCUCCUGGCACCAAAGUUGUGAUUCCAAAGAAUCCCUAUCCUGCGUCUGAUGUGAAUACUGAGAAGCCCAGCAUCCACAGCAGCACCAAAACUGUCUUGGAACAUCAACCAGGGCAGAGGGGGCGUAAACCAGGAAAGAAGCGGGGCCGGACAUCCAAGACCCUAAUUUCCCAUCCCAUCUCUGCCCCACCCAAGACAGCUGAUUUGAAAUUCCCAAAGAAGAGGGGUCCCAAACCUGGCAGCAAGAGGAAACCUCGGACUUUGCUGAAUCCACCACCCACCUCACCAACAACCAGCACUCCUGAACCAGAUACCAGCACUGUACCCCAAGACGCUGCCACCAUCCCCAGCUCAGCCAUGCAUGCCCCCACAGUUUGUAUCUACUUGAACAAGAAUGGCAGCGCAGGCCCCCACUUAGAUAAGAAGAAGAUCCAGCAACUCCCUGACCAUUUUGGACCAGCCCGUGCCUCUGUGGUGUUGCAGCAGGCUGUCCAGGCCUGUAUCGACUGUGCUUAUCACCAGAAAACUGUCUUCAGCUUCCUCAAGCAGGGCCAUGGUGGUGAGGUUAUCUCAGCCGUGUUUGACCGGGAACAGCAUACCCUCAACCUCCCAGCAGUCAACAGCAUCACCUACGUCCUCCGCUUCCUGGAGAAACUCUGCCACAACCUUCGUAGUGACAAUCUGUUUGGCAACCAGCCCUUUACACAGACUCAUUUGUCACUCACUGCCACAGAGUACAGCCACAGCCACGACAGGUACCUACCAGGUGAAACCUUUAUCCUGGGGAAUACUCUGUCCCGGUCCUUGGAACCACACUCAGAUUCAAUGGACUCUGCCUCGAAUACCACCAACCUUGUCAGCACCUCCCAAAGGCACUGGCCCUUACUUCCAUCCUGUGGCCUCCCAACUAGCACUGCCUCAGCUGUGCGCAGGCUAUGCUCCAGGGGAGUGUUAAAAGGAUCAAAUGAAAGAAGGGAUAUGGAAUCAUUUUGGAAACUAAAUCGUUCCCCAGGGCCGGACCGAUACCUGGAGAGCCGGGAUGCCUCUCGACUGAGUGGCCGGGACCCCUCCUCAUGGACAGUCGAGGAUGUGAUGCAGUUUGUCCGGGAAACUGAUCCUCAGCUUGGACCCCAUGCUGACCUCUUUCGCAAACACGAGAUCGAUGGCAAGGCCCUGCUGCUGCUACGCAGUGACAUGAUGAUGAAGUACAUGGGCCUGAAGCUGGGGCCUGCGCUCAAGCUCUCCUACCACAUUGACCGGCUGAAACAGGGCAAGUUCUGAACCAGGAGAGGCAGCCUAGACAACCAAGGGGUCAGCAGGAGGGGGCAGUCUUCUAGGAAUGAGGGGCAUCAGCCCACCCCAGGCACUUCAUUGGGGUUCCAGGGCACCUCAGGACUCCAAGAGGCUGUGUGGAGCCACCACUCCUAGCUACAGCUGCCAUGAUAUGUCCUUCCAUGAAGGACCAAAGAGGGAGAGUGUAGGGCCCAGGGCUAGUGCUGCUUUUCCCUCCCCUCAGCUCUGCCAGGGCUCCAGGGUCCCCUCUAUUUAUUUCUCAAGCCUGGCCGGCCUAUCACCAGUUUAGACUGAAUGCCUUUCAAGUGAUGGAGGAAAAGGCCAGCUCUGCCCUGGUCUUGGUGUGGCACCCCAUCGCCCCACAGCUCCUACCUUAUCACCAGAUUUCCCUGAAUCCAAACUCAUGGUGCAAACCCCUGCCUUUUUUAAAAAAAAAAUCUUAUUGUUAAUUUAUUGUUUCUGGCACUUGGGCAAACCCUUUAGUUAUUACUCCUCCCACACUAGACACUGGGUUUCGGGAGGAGGGAGAUUGCCCUGCCCUGGUCCCAGAGAGGCCGUCUCCAGAUAGGUGUGGCCCCUCUUCAGAGGACACUAUGCUAGGGCAUUUUCUCUUUGAAGUGGAGAGACCCAUAAGGCCUUGACCACAUCACUCCAUAUGGGAAGGAGAAGGGUUCCUGUCCUCUUCUCUUCCUGGGGCCCUUUUGUAGCCCCAGGCCUCAUCUGUGGGAAGAGAGUCCCUGCCCAUACUGCCCCCACCACAGUUCUGGCCAGAACUGCAGUUGAAGAUCAGGCUGGAUGAUCUUAGGCCAAGAAGGUCCUAAGGUAGAUGCGAGGGCAGGUUUUCCAGGCUGGAGACAGUUCCAUUCACUCUGCUGUCCAUAUGCUUCCUUGUAAGCAAGUCAGCAGCAUAGCUACUCACGCUGCCAUCUGGACUUAUUUUAUGUCAAUCUGUUUAUAAAUAAAAACCAAUAUAGAUA